CAGACACCUUAUCUGCUCCUUGGAAACUGUUUUUUGUGUACCCACACUCCAUCCCUUGCUCGAAGUUGGGUUUGCCGUGUCGCCUCUUUAUGGCUACGUAGUUUUGAGUAGCGACGAACCCCUUGACUUCAAACCUGCAAUACCUGGGUCCACUAAUUGCAAACCGUCUCAAUUGACUUGUGAUAUCUCGUUCUUGAAUGGGCGCAGUUUUCGGAGCCCAGUAACUAACUUUCUUGAGCCGUCCGACUCUCGGUCCGCGCGCAAUGGGGUUCGGAAGGCCGACGGCCGCCAUGGCGGCGCGGCUGCAGGUGGACAUUCAGAACGUCGACGCUCGUCGGGAGAAAGCCGCCAUGACCAGCGCCGACGCCGCGUUAGCAGUCCGUGCGAACGCCGCUCCUAGCGCGGUGGCCGCUUUCUAUUCCGGCUACGCACUCGAAAAACUACCCCCCAUGGUCGAAAUCGACCCUUCUAAAAGCAGCGGCAGCAGCAGCGGCGGCAGCGGCCGUAGCGGGAUGGGGGAGGUCGACGAACAGCUGGCUGCGGCGACAGUCGGGUUACCCGACGGAGGACAUCAAAGCGGGAAUAUUUCGGCGUUUAAUAAGGGCAUGGAGGCGUUUGACGACGAGCUCCGAAGCUUCCUUAGUCUCGAGGGGGAGGAAGGACGGGGAGAGGGGGACGUGCGAGCCGCUGUGGCGGCGGCGGCGGCGACGUCCCCGGCGCCAGGCGCGGCGGGGGGUGCGGAGCUGCAGGUCCCCGACUCGCCGGACCUUGCUAAGUACAUCGGCUUUAAGAAGAAACGCGGCUCGAAGUCAACGAAUUUUGCGAGAAUUGACUUGAGGCAAGCGGCAGCGAAGGCUUCGGCCGCUGUCGCUAACCCCCUGAUGGCUCAGCAGGCGCAGGUUAAGCCCAAUAACGAGACGUCUUCAAACGAGGCCAGCGAACUGCCGCAGAACCAGCAGGCGGAGGGCCAGAAGCAGCAGCAGCAGCAGCAGCAGCAGCAGCAAGCGCUGCGGCGCAGACUAGGUCCGACGGCGCUGAAGGCCUUCCCCGCUCCCGACGCGCUUCUUUCCGCCUCCCCCAGCGGCGGAAAGAAGAAGGUUUCCGCCUUCCGCCAAGCCGCCAUCGCGCGACACCUCCAAUCCGUCGGGGGCGGAAGCGCCGGCUCUUUUAACGGUUCAAGUACCAGUAGCCCCCCGGGUAACCAGGCGUUUUCCGCCGAUUCGGGAAGCUCCUCUCCGAAGGAUCUAAGCCUCGACUCUCCCGCGCCAUCCGCGCAAUCCGCGCAGCCAGCGGUUAUCAACCGCCGCUUAGUCGCCGCCAUUGCCGCCGCCACCCGUGGUGGCGGCGCCGCGUCCUCCGCGACGUCCUCUCCGCUUGCGGCGGGCGGCGCGUGCCGGUUGUCGAAGAGCCACUCCGCUGAUCCGGAACGCGCCGGCGCGGAUUCCGCCGGAGCGGACGGUGCCGGGAGCGCGGGGGGGAGCGGCGGCGGAAGCGGAGCCAGCAGCGCGGGGAAGGGUCCGCCGGGUCCGCCGUGGGAGUUGGCUCGGUCCAAAACGGGCGACUCGAGCGGGUCAGCCCAUGGCGACGAGGGCACUCGCGAAGUGCCAUCCGCGCGGAUUGCGGGGACGCGGAUGGGUUUGGGGAUGGGGAUGGGGAUGGGGAUGGGCAUGGGGAUGGGGGUGGGGAUGGGGAUGGCGGAAGAUGAGGAGGGGGGAGCGGCUGUUAGGCGGCGGAAGACCGCGGAUCACCUGCAUGACGUGCGGAACGCGCGCGAGGCGGGGCGGGGCUUGCAGGCGCAGCGCUUCCCCUCGUCGCGCUCCUCCGCCAUCUCCGCCAACGCGAUCUCCGCCAACAUGCCGGUUUCGCUGGAGGAGCUGUGCGACGGCGACUUUGACGAAGAGCUUGGCGAAGAGCUCGGCGAAGAACUCGGUUACACGGACGAGUUUGGUUACAGCGCCGCGGACGGAGCGGAUCUUAUCGAGGGGCUGAUUCUCCCGUUAGAGGGUCACGCGUUAACGGAACAGGAGGGGCGAGGGAUGACUCGAACGCGGUCCCUCGGGAAUCUUGAGUCGGCGCUCGAAGCGGCAGUGGCGGCGGAUCUCGCGGUUCUGCCCUUCGAUGCCGCCAAGAAAAGCGGCGGCAGUAGCGGCGGUGGCGGCGGUGGUAGCGGCGCCUGGAGUGGCGGCGGUAGCGGCGGCAGCGGCGCUAUGUCGAGAGGAGCGGGCUCAGGCGAACUUCCGCAUGCAGCAGGCGUGACUGUAGCGAGGGGAACCCAGGAUAUUAUUUCGUUGAAGGGCGCGGCGAGGAGAGCGUCGAUCGCGGGGAGUGCUGUAGCGGCAGCUGCGGCGGGCGCUACAACCGCAGCAGCGGGAGGAGCAGCGGGAUUAGCGGCAGGAUCAGCGUCGGGAGGGAAGGGAUGGGGAGUGAACCUGCUGCUUGCUAGAGAGCCGUUAGGGGGUUCUGGAGGGUUCGACAUCGAUAAGAUUGCUAAUAAGCGAGUUGACUUUGGCGGGGCGCAGGGGUAUUUGACACAGACGGGGAGAGGUGUGAGUAGAAUGAAAGAGAGGGGAGGGGUGGUGCCGGCGGCGGGGAAGGAGGUGGAUGAUUUGCAAAACACUCAGGUGCCGGAUUCAGCUGUUUCUGCAGAUGGGGUCUCUGUUGGUUCAGGUGGUGGCGACAGUGGCAGUCUCUCCUCCCUCUCUGCUACUGCCUCUGGUGGUACCGCUUUGGAACUCUAUUCCCCAUAUGGUAACGCUGAUCCUGCUGCUGCUGGUAACCCUACCGAAAACGCGGAGUUUGCUGCACUGGCUUCGUCCGGUGGCAGCCUCGGCAGCACCAGUUUCAGCGGCGGUUUGGACCCCUACGGGCUAGGUUCGGCCGUGCCUCUCCCCAUGCCUACGCUCUCGCCUCGGCCAUCCAGUUCCGGAGGGGACAGGCCUGGCGGUGCUGCUGCGAGGGGGAGGGACGGGGGGAUGGGGGGAGGGGGAGUUGGGGGACUGGAAAUGUCUGGGUUAGGCGCAGGGGGGAGGUCUGGGGGAGACGGGGGCCAGGGGGAAGUGGAAAAAGGGGGGAACUCGGGGAAACAGGUGCUGAGGUGUCCUGUGACUGGAGCGGAAGUGACUGUAGGCGAUGGUGAUAGUAGCAAGGCGCACAGCCACGGAUCGACGCGAGGGGGCGCUAUGGGCAAGGGGAAAGGGGGGAGCACCAGCGGACCCAUGAGUAUGGGCGGAACCAGUGGGCGCAGCAGCGGGAGUUUGAAGGGGGUGGGGAGUGAGGCGAUGGGGAAGACGAAGAGAGAGGGAGGGGGAGGGGAGGUGGAGACGCUUGGGAAGGUGAUAACUGCAGUGGUGGAGGCGCACGAGCUCUUUUUCACUGACGAGACCCCCAACGGCACCAAGAUCUGUGACUACCUGCUGGCUGCACUGCUGGACCUCACUCAGUCGCCCAUGGGCGUCAUUGCCUCCGUGCUGCACCGCCACGAUGGGUCACCAUACCUCAAGACCCACGCUGCCACCAACCUUGCCUGGACGCCAGAGCUGCAUGAGUGGUGCCUCGCCAAUUACGCCAGCGGGCUUACCCACGCUGCCACCAACCUUGCCUGGACGCCAGAGCUGCAUGAGUGGUGCCUCGCCAAUUACGCCAGCGGGCUUGUCUUCACCAACAUGAAGUCGCUGCUGGGCACCCACGCUGCCACCAACCUUGCCUGGACGCCAGAGCUGCAUGAGUGGUGCCUCGCCAAUUACGCCAGCGGGCUUGUCUUCACCAACAUGAAGUCGCUGCUGGGCGUCUCUGUCGCCUCCCGCCAGCCCUACAUCUCCAACCACCCUCCCUCCGACCCCAAGUCUAGCGGCACCCCCCCCGGGCAUCCGACCCUCAACUCUUUCCUCUCAGUGCCGGUCUUAAUGGGCACCGAGCUAGUGGGAGUGUGGAUGGUAGCGAACAGGGAGGGAGGCUAUAAGGAGGACAUAGUGCAGAUGACAGAGCCGCUGUCGGCCACCCUCGGGCAGAUCCUGUUUGGCAUCAGCAAGAGGAAGAGGCGCAUGGAGGCCAAGAGCAAGCUGUAUGAGGGGCGCGUGCCGUCAUCUGGGGAGUCCCGGCUGGUAGUGGACGCCAUGGGUACGGUCACAGCAUGCAACAGAGAGGCCAGCAAGCUCUUCUGCAUGCCUAUCCUUGCACCACCAUCACCAGCAGCACCAGCAGCAGCUGUUGAUGAUGCUGUGUAUCCCUUGGCUGAGCCGGUUGCCUUUCCCGAUCUGUUUUACAACAUCAACUGCAGAGAGGACUUCAUGCUGCUCGGGGUGGAUGCACAUCUCAACAAGUCCUGCUGGUCCAUGGCACGGCAGCGCACCGGCAAGACGCUGCUCUCCCUCGUGCGCUUGACUAAACACAACAUUCCCGCUGGCGCCGCUUUUGUGGCUUCGGUGUGGGAAAUGAUUCCUCCCGAAUAUGCCAACCUCCCCCGAGCAUCCACGUGAUUGUUAGCGUUAAUGGCACACACCGGCCGGCACACUGGCAACACCCCCCACUUACCUAAGUGUGCUUCACUAACCAAUGGACCCUUCCUGGUGCUGCUUGUGUUGCUUGCUUCAGUGUGGGAAACGGCUCUAGUACCGUAAUCCCCCGGAUAUAACACCCGCCGGAAUAAAGCACCCAGUGGUGUUAUAUCCGGGGUGGGUGUUCUAUUGACGAACCCUUAAUUGUACACCCACCUUUUGAGGAACCUGGUAUAGCACCCACCCCAUUGCUUUUGCCUAUUUUUCAAUUUGCGGAGUACUACAAUAUUAAUGUAAGUUUAGGC